AUGUUUACCUCACUGGUGAUUGCAAUUGUUAACCUAAAUGAUCAGUUAACAGCAGAACCAGGGUGUGUAAGAGAUUCAACCGCCGAUGAUACCUGGUGCAGCAUUAUCUUUGGGUGCUUGAAAGUAUUUGUGGCCAUAGGACUACUAUAUGGCGUGUAUACGUACGACAGAACAACCGUACACUUUUACGUCUUUCUACAUGCAACAUUGAUUGCCAGUAAAAUUAUCAUGUUGAUUGUUCUGCUCUUCUACGCAUCCUUCAGCUUUCGUAUUAUCUUGUGUAGUGAAAUAUUUACAAGUAUAUAUGUGGUUGUCGUGGUCUACAGCUUCUACAAGGAAAUGGAAGAACACGAAGCUGAACCGUGACCUUAUCUGUAGGCCUAUACUAUGGAUGGUUUUGAGAUAUUUGGUUGCAUAUUGAUCAUCCUCUACAAUUAUGACCUACAAUAUAAAAUCCACAACUUAUUGAGACCUAAUAAAUCAAAUGUUUUCCUUUCUACACUGAAUCAGAGUAUUAAUAAAGUUUUUGUUAAGUGGUAAUAUUCCACCUUUAAGUGUUUAAAAUGUCUCAUCUUCCAGGAAUUACGUUUUUUGUACAUUUAUAGAUGUAUGUAAAAUGAAAACCACAUUAAAGCCUCAGCAAUUG